UAUAUAUACAUACGUACAUACAUACAUACAUAUAUAUAUAGAUAUAUAUAUAUAUAUAUAUACAUAGUCAUAUAUAGAUACAUAUACAUCGAUCUAUCUCACUUCUCAGUCCUCACACACGCUCGUCGGCUGCUCUUACUCCGAGCAUUGGAAGACUCUUGGUCGAAAAAGAGGUGGAUUAAGAGAGACAUGUCCAAUGCAGAGGUAAUCGUGACGGAGAACGAUGAGAUUCGAAGUGAGAUCGAGGAGAACCGGAAGGAGGAGGAUGAGGAUGAACGGAAGAGGAGAUCGACCUCGGUAGAUUCGGAAGUCGUCGAUGAGCUACGGCUAUUGUCACCGAAAGAACAGGAGCAGGAACAGGCUCAUGAAGAAGAAGUGGAAGAAAAGAAAGCGGAAGAAGAAGAAGGAGAAGAAGAAGAAGAAAUAAAAGAAGAAGAAGAAGAAGAAGAAGUCGAUAAAAAAGAGAAAGACGAGGAGGAAGAAGAGGAAGAGAAAGAGAAAGAGAAAGAGGAAGAGGAAGAGGAGGAGGAGGAGGAAGAGGAAGAGGAGGAAGAGGAGAGAUCAGAAGGAAAAGAAGAGAGAGUCGAAGAGGAAAAAGAUGAGGAUCACAGUGAGAAGUCACAGGGAAUCGUAGAAACGAGGGAAACUUUGGAAUCAGCCAGAUCAUUUGACACGACGUGCCUGCAGUCGUCGAGAUCGGCCGAUCGUGUGACCGAACCAGCAAGUUCCUUGUUCAACGAGAACGUAUCUUUGGCUGAGCCACAAGAGGAAAAGAUAGAUACGAGGGUAGGGGUAGUAGGCGAGUCUCUUCCGAUCAACAGCAGCAGCAACAGCAGCAGCACCAACAUCAUCACCACCACCACCACCACCAGCACUACGACCACUACCACUACUACCACUAACAGUUCAAUUCCAAGAGCAACGACGGAUCAGGGCAGCAACGAGAAGCAAGCAGUCGGUGAGUGGAAUUCAUUACCGGUACUGGUAGAGCGCCUUCGUUCGGUGCUCGAGCUCUCGCUCGCGAUAGCCGAUACAUCAUCACCGAUCAAGGAGGAUCCACGAGAACUUGCUCUCGAUGUCAAUGAUUCACGAAAGGUCCGUUCCAUGGACGAACGAUCAACCGCUAGCAAGAAUAGCAAUGGCAAUGAACAAGACCUGAAGAAUGACUUGAGUUUCCUCGAGGAUCUUUUGAUGUCCGAUAUACACACGGCCCUUUCCCGUUUAAGAGAAACUCUCGAAAGGAUCGACGUUGGCGCGUUAGCAAAACACGGUGCUGCUUCCGAUCCAAGUAGUAAACUUCAACUUCUACGGCUAGUGUCGAGUUUACUUUCGCGAUUAGAGAUGCCACGUGAAUCGCAGAAGGAAGAAAAGAAGAUUCUUACGCAAGAGGAGAAGCUAAAGUCUUCUCUAAUAGCUACAACACCAUCCGUAACCAAUCGUAGACGACGAGCUAGCAGACAUACCAUUGGAGUCUCUGCCGAAGAGUUGGCAUGUGCUAGGAAAUGGUUGCAGGAGGAUAAGAAUUUUAACGACGUUACGCCGUUUACGAAAAUAACACUCUCCCCGUUGUUUUCGACCACGUCUAAAGCUAUCGAUUCUUCCGAAGAAAAGCCAAGACCCGAAGAGAUACAUGAUAAAUAUACGAAGGACGCCAUCAAUCAUCGACAAUCUCUGCGCGAUAGAAAUAAUAUUGACAAAGGUCUGGAAAUACGUCCACGUGCUGCUCCUUUCUAUGCCGAUAAAACGGACUUCGUCGUCACCCAGUCGACGAUCGCGUCAAAUGAAGUGACUCAUCAGUCUCUACGACCUAGUCUCGACUCGAGAAACACAUUGGAUAACACGGAAGUUGGCAACGUAGAAGUUGGUCGUGUUGGCAGAUUGGCUGCGGCUCUUCAGCAACGAGUAGAAUCCUCGAGCAAGUGCACUUCUUCCAAUCGAUUCACUGCGAAAAAGUCGAAGAUCAAACGAGCCAAUACCAUUGACAUUCCAAGUUACCUGAAAUUACAAGCUGAGAGUUUCAAGCAAGAAGGUAGCGGUUGUGUAUCCUUAAAAAAGCCUAUAAAUGUUAGUGACAAGGCAAACUGUAAUUCGAUCAAUAGCAUGAUCAUACCAUCCUUCCAGCCGAGAACUGAAAAUGAUAGAAAAUUCAUGGCAUUGAUUAGCAAGAAUAACGAUACUCCUAUAUUCAAUCCACCAUCAUCGUUCAAAUCAUUUGGCUAUACAAAAACGAUGGAUCCAUCAUCGGUAAGCAAUGAGAACUGGAACAGUCGUUUUUCCAACAUCAAAACAGCCUUCGACAAAACGACGACUUCUGGUGAUGAGUCUGAACAGCAAAUUAACAAGCAUAAGCUUCCGAAACGACCACCAAUAGUUCCUCAAGGAACUCAACGGUAUAAUCCUGGAAAGGAGAAACCCUUCAACGCAAAUGUCUUUUGUAACUUUGAACACGAUACCUCUAAUGUUAAUCAAUCGAUCUCUCCUGGCUUCAGACAUGCUCCUUCCUCUCCUUUUCGAAGGAUCGAAAAGCCAAUUGGUAUAUCGAACUUUGUUAAAUCUUCACCGAUCUCUACCAAUCCUCCUAAAAUCAAUAUACCCAUGCCUGGAAAUACAUUACGUGAGAAAGCAAGAAAGAUGUUCGAUCGUGGUACCAACAAUAGCAACGUUCAGCAACGAGCUUCGGAAUACAAAGUUCAAGUAGAUGGAAACUCUGAGAAACGUACCUUUCCAAGACCGCCUUGGAUUGAACAUGAGAAAUCAUCAAGUGCAACGAUCGCAGAAAAUGGGCGUCUCGAUUAUCGUUCAUUCUGUAAACAAUUUGCACCUUUCGUUAGCAAAGGUACAUCCUCGUCAACCUUGGAAAAACCAUCCUACGAGCCCGACGAUAUUCAUCAACAAAGUUCGAAAUUGUGUCAACCUCGAAAUGAAUUGGCUGGUGAAACAAAUAAUCCAAACAUAGUGGAUGGAAAGAUUUCGUUCAAGAUGAUACCAAAGGAUUACAAUCGUUAUAAUAUUCAAGGAACUCGUGAUUCUCGUGAUUUUAUACGUAAAACCGAAAUUACAGAUGGAUCUCAACAAGUUGACCUUACUUUACGUGGCAGUGCAUCGGUAGCUGUUCAAACUGGUGCUCAGGAUGAAAAUUUCGAUGAGGUUAGAUCUUUUCGUGUUGUUCCAAAGAUCUCGAACGGGCCACCUUUGAUUUAUAGCAAUGUCUCGAUACAAACGUCAAAUGAUGUAUCCUCUAAAAUUUCAGAAGAUGUUCAUACCUUUCUUUCGGAUAAUCAGAAAAGUCUUGGCGAGGAGAAAAGUCAUGAGGAUUAUCGUUUGCGAGAUGAAUCGAAUUGUGUUUUGCCGGUAAAAGAAAAUGUGCCUUUUCACGAUUAUCGUUCCGAUACGAUUGUUACGAAUCCACGCGUGCAAAAUCAGACAGCUUUCGUGAAAGCUUACGAGCCAGUGUCGAAAGUUGAACAAAAUGAAUACGAAUCAGCGAAAGUGAAUUAUGCUGAAGAUGAUUUACCUCGAUCUAAAGACUACGAUUAUUUGGAUGCUAAAAAUAUUCAAAAUCAAGACAUAAGCGAGGAGGAAGGUGUUGUGACGAGAUAUACAUGUGCUAUUGCUACAGUGGCGUCGAUUGAAAGUCCAGAAAUCCAAGGGGAAGUCGUCGAAACAUCGUACUCUAGGGAUUAUUCGACUCCGUCUGUAUCACCUGUUCGGUCCAAUUCAAGAUCGAAAGCAAGUAACGACGAAGAAGUCGACGAAGAAAUACGUAGACACAAUAUGUUGCAACAGAGUUUGAUACAACGACUCCAUCAUGAACGUUGUACGAUGAUCGAUCGUCCAUUCAAACAAUUACCUAUCGAUUAUCAAAAUGAAACACAUGGAAAUACCAAAAAGGAACAACAAUCCUAUGAACAAGGUUAUUACGUAGCUCCACGAAAUAAUAACGAAUAUAUACCGAUGGAAAAUGUUAACAGACUCGAAUCGAUCUCAACAUCUCCUCUAUCCAAUCAAUUUAAACGUAUCGGUAAUCAACCUAAAGCAAAGAAAUUUCUUUCACCGGAUUUACCAACGAGACCUCAAGUCACACCGUCCACAUCACGGGUUGUCAAUCAAGUUUCAGCACUCAGAGAAGUUUAUGAACAACCAGUUGUUGUUCCGAACAAACCUAUACGUAAGGAAAGAUCACCGGUACCAAAUGGAACAAAUCCAAUUGAUUCCAGCGACGAAUAUUUAAUGUCUUGUGCCAAUCAACCAUCUAGAUCCAUCGUUCUAUCAAAAUCUGAAUCUUGGCAUCAAUUGGCUCUAUCCAACAGUUCUUCUCGUAUUCCACGUACAAGCGACUCCAGUCCGUCGUCAUCGAAAGUUUCUUGCUUACCUAAACCCCCGAAACCUAGAUCACCGUCCUCCAUGAAAUUUCGAACGAAACAAUUCGAGGCAUCUUCCGAUAGCGUUAAAAAGAUGGAGGACAAGAUAAGAAGAUACUUCGAUAGUCCCAAUGAAAGUUCAACGAAUGAAACAAAAGAAUCAAAGAAACGUUCCUCUCCUCGUCACGCUCAUGGAAAGUGCAUGAUCGGUCUAUCGAGAAGUCGUACCUUGCCUGGUAUCUGCGAACAGAAACUCGUCUUGACGAUACCACCGACACAAGUACCUCUCCUACAAGUUAACAGUGCUGACGUUGACAAGGUCUUCGACGAUAUCUUCCAGGAAGCCACGAGGAUGGACAGUCAGCAUUGCUGACCGAUCAACUUUAUCUCUCUCUUUCUCUCUCUCUCUCUUUCUUCUUCCUUUUCUUUCUCUUGCAUCGACCACUUGUAAUGGGUAGCGGUAGAUGCUACGAGUACGCAAGAAAUUGAGUUACGAUAGAAAGUUCUUCGCGUGCGAAUCCGAUCCAUCGAUCAAACACAAGAUACAAUGUGAUUUUUAUACUUGUGUUAUACUUAUUCUUUUAUUGUUAUACUUGUUAUUGUUAUUGUUAUUGUUAUUAUUAUUGAAAGCAUCGUCCAUAACGAUACCUAUGUAUAUACCAAGUAUCACGUAAGACGAUGACCGUGUUCAUAAGCCAAAGACCGUGUUAAUAUCGUCGAGUGAGAAAUAAUUCAAAUUGAAUUAUCAUACUUAUCCUUGGUUUAAAAUACGAUCAAAAUAUAGGGGAUGUUGGAAGUGCUUGCCAACCAAAGAAACGUAUUCUAGGACGAAUUAAAUGACGUGACCGUCUACCUCUAUGAAUUUUCGUCGGAAAUAACGAAAAAUAUUGGAACAAUUUAUAUCGAAAUAAUCUAUGUGGGAAUACAGUAAAUCUGAAGUUGAAAAAAAAUAUGAUCGAUCAUCGUCAUACAUCAUCGGUAUGCAUCAGUCAACGGUUGCCAAAUGGGGAAAAAAAAAUAGAAUUUUCUAGGAUUUGGACUUGAAGGACUAAAAUUACUUUGGAUAUCCCAUUAUGUUACAACCCUAAAGAGAUUUCAUCGAAAAACAUAAGGCAGAGAGUUCGAAGAAUACGAGGCAAUUCGACUCAUAUUAUUUGGCUAGGAGGCACCGACUUUUGGCAAUCAUUUCGCAAAAACAUAGACGUACAUAUAUGUCUUUUUUUCUCUUUCUCUCUAGCGCAUUUAAUCGCAUGUAUGUUUCUACUUCGUCUUUUGGACGUAGCCACGCGUUCUAAGGACACGUUCUAAGUGAACAAACACAAGAAAGAGAGAGAGAGAGAGAGGUAGAGAAUCGCUAGAAGGUCGUACAGAUCCCCGAAUAAAGCAGUGAGUCACAAAACAUCUUUCUGUAGCUCCUUUUGUUGCGCCAAAUAGUGUUAUAGUUUUCUCCACACUACUCUGUACAAUGUGUGUGCGACUUUUGUAGAUUAUAUUCGUAGCUGUGUGGCGUCAUAUAAUAGCAGUUGUACAGUUAACAUCAUCACCACACUCAACUCAAUUCGCGUUACCUACGCCAGGAUCUUCCUGAACGGGGACAUCUGCCGUCGUUGCCAAGCCUCGAAAUUAUAAAUUCCUGUCGCUGCAAAUAAACACGUUACACUUCACGGUUUUAGCAUGCAUCUACAUAAAUAAGACAAUUUAUAGUUUACCGUGAAUCCUUUUUAACAACGACGAUGAUCCAAUGAAGAACAACACUAUCACACGAAAGACAAUUGGAAAGCUUGGAGUGAACUUCCUCAAGAUCUUGAAAAACCUUUUGUCUCUCUAUCUCUAUGCCUGGAAAAGCAAGCAAAACCGAUGUUGAUUGGCCGACACUUGAACUAACUCACAGCUUUAAUAGUGAUAUAACGACAUAGUCGAGAACGUUUCAAAAUCCAUCCCAGUUAACUAUAAUUAUACUCUGAAAGGAAACUUUACUUAUUAUUUUGAAUUAAAAGAUUGAUACUGAC